AUUUUAUCAGUAUACUUUCUGUAUAUAAUAAAACCAGGGCAUAUACGCAAGAGCCAUUGUCUCGUCUGUCUCUCAACCCAUCUGAUGAGAUAGAUCGAGAUGGAGGAGAAUGAUAAUAAUAAAAGCAACGGGGAAGAGCAAGGCAUGUUCCUGACUUUGGCAUCGCCGAGCAUGCCGGUGCCUUUGGCUCCAAAGUCGUUCCAAGUGUGGCGUGAGACGACGCCUCCUCCCCAGCCCUCCGAUUCGAAUCUGACGGUCCUCGUCGACUCCUCCGCCGACGACGGCGGUGAGAGUUCCGGUCCGAAGAAAUUAGGUUUCAUCAACUAUGAAGUCGAACCUGGUCUCACCAUUCGCUUACGUCACAACAUCGAUUACGACAUGGAUCCUAGGAAGCUCAAACGUGUAAUUUCGAACCGUGUGUCGGCCCAGAAGUCUAGGAUCAAGAAGCUUCAAUACGUUGCUGAUUUAGAGAAGAAACACAAGGAGCUUGAGAUGCAGGUGGCGGUGCUUCGUCCGCAAGUUGCAACGGCGAGAGAGCAUAAGCGGUUUGCCGAAAUGGAGCAAAGGGAUCUGAAUCUGCGUAUCGCUGCUUGCAAUGAACAUUAUCGACGAACUGAGGCCGAAAUAGAGGCGAAAAAGGUAGAGUUCACAAGGCUGAUGAGGAAAUUGGCAUUACAGCAACAGGAGAGAGGAUAUGAUGAAGGGGGAGGAAAUGAAAUGGUUUGGGGAAACGGGUUAUCACAGCCUUUUGACCCUAACCAGAACCUGAAUGAACCUUCUGCUGCUGCUCUCAUGAUCCCGUAUUCCCUGCUUCAUCCCGAUAUCAACAUGCCCCCACCAAGGCCUUAAUUAGCAUCGAGAAGAAAAGGAACAAAAAGCAAAGCCCAAACUCUCUCGAUCUCGUUUGGAUGAUGUACUGUCAAGACUCGAGAUGGAUUCGGCACAUUUCUACCUUGUUCUUUUUUAUUUGGAGUCUACCUUUUUUUUAUAAUGUCAUUUGUUGUCAUUGAUACCCAAUUCGCAUAAUAAUAAUAAUAAUA